GUUGCAACCUAAUUUCAAAUUUCAUUAUUGGAUUUAGCGGUGUGAAAUAAUACAUGGAAAGAUAACAAUUUUAUGUUAUCGCAUCGGCGUGUAUUUGCUUGCAUUCAUUUUGAAAGACGGUCGCAUCAAGCAAAGACUGAAUACAACGAUUCUGUGUGGCAAAAGGAACAUUUGAAAAUCUCAGAGCUCCAACCAAACAUGGACAGGCGAUCAUCUAAAACGCAGCCAGUUGAUGACAAUGCAAUGCGACCGCCUUCGAGGUCAUCGUCUCCUCCACAAUACGCUCCGUCAUCCUCGGAACCACAACAACAGAUGUAUUCCCCUCAAGGACAGCAGUAUCAUUCAAACCAGCAGUUGAACGCGCAACAGGCUCCAUACUAUUCUCCAAAUCCGCAGAUGAUGCAUGGACAACCGGGGCAGCAAUACGCUCCAAACCACGUUCCGGUUCAGCCGUAUCCCCCGCCCAUGCUGCAGUAUGGACCACCGCCGCCACAACAGCAAUUCAUGCAAUCCUCACAACAGGUCGUCAUCGUCAAUCAGCCAGGGGCGACCCAGGAGAAGGGCUUGCGAGUCUGUGACAAAAUAGGACACAGGGAUUGGUCCUCUGGACUGUGUGGAUGUUUCUCCGACUGCGCCUCCACGUGCAAGGUGAUGUGUUGUUUCCAGGCAACUCUGUGUGACCUUUCGACCCGUACGGGCGACUGCUGUUGCACGGCUCUGUGUAUGCCCGCUUACUUGCCAGCGUAUCGAGCCCGCAUUCGAACUAUGGGUGGAAUCCAGGGCGAUAUCUGCUACGACAUCCUUGCAGUAAAUUGUUGUUUUGAGCUAGCUCUCUGUCAGAUGAUGAGAGAGUUGGAUGCCAUGGGACUGUAGAACGUCACUUGCACUGGCCUUUUUUGGUGCCAUUCCAUUCUUAUCAUUUGGUAUAUAUUGUACAUGAAUGAUUAGAAAAAAAAAGUUUUUUAUGUCAAAAGAUGCAUGGAUUAUAUAAUUAGGAUGAAGCAGUCGUAUGAUUUAAAAUGUUUACUAAAAUGUUACUUAAUAUGAUGACAUUAAAAUACUAUUGAGUCUUUUAGGAACAUAUUUUAAGAAUUUUGCUUGUUUACCUUAUAGGAUAAAAUAAUUUGCCAAUUAAUACUAUUUUGUAGUAAAACGCCUAUUAAGCAGGCUUAUUAAAUGAUAUGUAAUAAACAGCGUAUUAGCCUAUUUAGCAGCAUAUUUUAAAUAUUUAGCCAUGGAUAAAAUAAUUAGCUUAUUUACCAUAUGUAACCAAUUAAGCAGCCUUUUUUGCAGUUAUAGCAUGUUUACUUAAUACGAUGAAAUUUAAACUAUUUUGCAGUAUAUUUAGCCUGCUUCGUAUGUAUAUGAUAUAGAAGAAAUAGAAUGAAAUAAACAAUAUAGUUAUCAUAUGUAGCCUAUUUAACAGCUUAUUAAUCAUAUUUAGCAUUUGUAUUAAUAUUUUGUUCUGACAGCUUUAGCCCCUGUUAAUUCGUUUGGUUAUCUCAAGAAUUGUACUGUUCAUGUGUUAUCAGUACUAACGUUAAUAAAUGAUAUGCAAUUACGUCA